UUAUUACUCUGGGAUACUUUAGGAUACUACCACAUCGACCACUUUGGAGUACUACCACAUCGAUUACUUUGGGGUACUACCACAUCGAUCACUUUGAGAUACUAUCACAUCAAUUACUUUGGGGUACUACCACAUCGAUUACUUUGGGGUACUACCACAUCGUUUACUUUCUUUUGGCUUGGUGCUGGAUACUAUCACUAA